AUGCAACUGCUCAAGUCGAUCGUCCUGUACGGGCUCCUAGCCCUCGGGGCCUCUGGAGAGCCCAUUCCAGGCUGCAAAAGAUCAGGAAUUAAAGAUGUUGGAGUUGGCGAGACACCAGCCACGCAUCUGGAAGCCCGCGCGGAUCCCCCAACUAGAAGGACAAAUGUCGAUAUCGGGGAGGCGAGGCGCGAACAGUCCGGGGAAACACUCUUCACCAAUGGGCUAGCCAGCUGCAUCGCAAUCGUGGUCCGAAGCCGGGAGGAGAGAGCCGAGAAGGAGUGGGACAAGAUCCUCGCCCACGUGUCCUCGACCAUGUGCUCAGAUGGCGACACCCCGGACUUGGACACCCAGCUGCAGAACUUGUUCGACCUUGACGACCAGACCGAUAUACCGAGCCGCCAGGUCUUCGUCCUCCUCAACCGUGACGACGAUAACGAGGCCCAGGGGGUUUUCAACAACUAUGUCUUGGAAAAGGUUGGCACACACUGGGGUGGGAACCAUGUUUUCAUGUACCGGGACCCGGCCCAUGUCGACGAGCCUGGCGGAUCCCGUCUGUGGAUCGACGGCACGAGGCAGGUCUAUUGGAGCACCUUUGACGACCCUUACAUUAUCGCCUAG